GCUCCCCUUUCGUCUUCCCAUCCUACCUCUAGUCAGCUCCCAGAUAAGAGCUUCCUCCAAAGUAAACACUAUAUCAGAUAUGCCUGCUGUCGUCCAGCGUCCCGCACCUGCCUUCAAGGCAACAGCCGUUGUCGACGGCGACUUCAAAGAUGUUUCCCUCACUGACUACCUUAGCCAAUGGGUUGUCCUCUUCUUCUAUCCCCUGGACUUCACCUUCGUUUGUCCUACUGAGAUCCUUGCAUUCAACGAUGCGCUUCCUAAGUUCAAGGCCCUCGGCGCGAACGUCCUUGGUGUCUCUACCGACUCCCACUUCUCGCACCUCGCGUGGUCUCAGAAACCCCGCUCACAGGGCGGUCUCGGACCCUCUCUCAAGCUGCCCCUCGUCGCAGACAAGUCGAUGCGCAUCUCUCGCGACUACGGUGUUCUCAUUGAGGAAGAGGGUAUCGCCCUCCGUGGUCUGUUCAUUAUCGACCCCAAGGGCAUUCUACGCCAGGUGACCAUCAACGACCUCCCCGUUGGACGGAGCGUGGACGAGGUCAUCCGGCUCGUCGAGGCGUUCCAGUUCGCAGAUGAACAUGGCGAGGUGUGCCCCAUCGGCUGGCAAAAGGGUGCCAAGACGAUGAAGUCGGAUCCCAAGGGCUCCAUGGAGUACUUCUCCACUUUGCCCGACGCGCCGCUCGCGGACAUGACGAACGGCAACGGACACUCUGUGGAUGGCGCGAACGGUAUCGCGAAGAAGCGAGCUAGGAUUGACUAAAUUAUGAGCAUAGAUAGAUGGGCUUUAAUGUCAAGGACGUUAGACAGAAGGAUCCGCAUAGUUGACUAAUAUAACCUACAGCUCAUUAGUAUAGAGGAGAGCGUAGAAUACUCACCCGGGAUCUAGGUUUAUUACCCCUCAUCCUGAUACACCACUCCAGAUUCGUGUAGCAUAUGCGGUAGCGAUAAUUGACCCGUUGGAAUGCU